CAACAUUCGUCCUUGAACGUGACCUUCCCCAUCUUGACCAUGAAGGACGUCAUAAAAGAUUUAAUCCCCGCAUGUAUACUCCUCGUGAUUCUGACAGUGAUGGAAGUCAGUAUGAAACCAGACGCUCUGGUCAUAGCCGGCGUAAGUUCAUCUCAUUGAGUAAUACUUCAUGGGGCCUACCAGAGCCAGUUAUGCGUGUCGGCGAUCGUACCAUUUACACCCGCGGUCGUCCCCCUUGGUACGACACAGAUGGACAAGCUCAAGAACCAUUCGUGAUAGGUGUAUGCGGAGGCAGCGCCAGUGGGAAAACGACUUUUGCGCUGGAAAUCAUUGGGAGCCUGGAUUUACAAUGGGUCAGCUUACUGAGUAUGGACUCUUACUAUCGAGAACUGAACUCUGAGGAGCGGCAGUUGGUCGCCGCUGGUGCAUACGAUUUCGACCAUCCCAAUUCCUUUGAUUUGGAUUUAUUAGAACAUCAUCUGAAGCGGUUACGUCAAGGAAAGAGCAUUGAAAUCCCUGAAUAUGAUUUCAAAACACACAGCCGCACAUCAAAAACGAAAACCUUGUACGGUGCUAAUGUAAUCAUUAUCGAAGGGAUCCUCUCGUUCUAUUCACCUGCCGUCACGAAGCUGAUGGAUUUGAAGGUGUUUGUGGACACAGACGCUGAUGAGCGAUUAGCUCGGCGACUUCUUCGCGAUACUGCCGAACGAGACCGUAGCCUUGAGAGCGUUUUGGAACAGUACAACCGGUUUGUGAAGCCCGCUUACGAUCAGUUCAUCGCUCCCUCAAUGGCUCAAGCGGACAUUAUCAUACCACGCGGCGGCCAGAACAAAGUUGCAUUGCAACUAAUCAUCCAACAUGUGAACAAACGCCUACGACGGCAAGGACCUGAGUGCCGUCGUGCCCUGGCCAAUUUCCAGGCCUCCGAUGAUGCCUUUCAUUUACUCCGGCCCUCCUCAGUUCCUCUGCAGAAUGGACCGGUGGACUCUAGUGGAGAGCGGUUCAACCAAACACAGUGCAACGGAAUCGUUAAUGGUCUUGGCAGUGAGUUAAGGUUUGUGCUGCCACCCAAAGUGCAUGUGCUUCCGUCUACACCACAGACUAAAGGUCUGCACACGAUUAUCCGAAACCGCGCCACCAGUCAGGAUAUGUUCGUCUUUUACUCCGAACGCCUGAUGCGCCCCCUCUGCGAAUACGCAAUCAAUCUUCUCCCACAUAUGGACGUAGUCGUUGACACGCCCCAAGGAAUUCCCUACCAUGGCCGACAACUUGCCACUGGUACUCAGAUUUGCGGUGUUUCUAUCCUGCGCGCAGGUGAGGCUUUAGAACCGGCUCUUUGCGCCGUCUGUAAGGACGUACGACUUGGCAAGAUUUUGAUACAAACGAACCCCGACACUUUCGAGCCAGAGCUUCACUAUCUCCGAUUGCCCAGUGACAUCAAGGAUUGCUACGUCAUACUGAUGGAUUCCACUGUCGCCACGGGGGCAGCUGCAAUCAUGGCUAUGCGAGUGUUGGUCGAGCAUGAUGUUCCCGAAGAGCGAAUUAUCCUCAUAUCCAUUCUCAUGGCUAUUCAGGGGGUACGCACAGUUGCUUACGCCUAUCCGAAGGCACACAUUGUCACCACUGCUGUGGACGGUGCUCUGAACGAACAGUUCCACAUUCUUCCAGGUAUGGGAAACUUUGGCGACCGCUAUUUUGGCACGACGUAUGACCAUCGCCCUUCAGGUUGCGAGGAUCCGUCCGAUUGACUUCCCUAUUUAUCGCGUUGUUCUCUGUUCCUCUUCUUCAUCUGUUCCCCCCUUCAGAUCCCAUGACUUCCAUUUUCUAUCUUCUAUACUCUCAUGGCUUUAUCAACUCAGAUUGGCGGUCAGCUCACUUGGAUCUAGGCCUCUGCUUUUAAAGAUAAAUUUUAUCAACUUACAAUCUGCCACUUUUCUCGUGUUCUUGGUCUUCAACCAGCACCGCGCGUCUCACUCAUGAUCAUGCCGAAAUAAGCGUGUUCGCAAUGUCAAGAAUACGCUUUAUUUAUUUCUUAU